GGCGAACCUGACGGUGCUCCUGCGCGUCGCCUCCUCCUGAAUGAAUGACCUCAUGCGGGCUGCUGUCUGCCUCCAUCUGCGACAUGACACCGUCAGACAGUAACGGUUAGGUUUAUCUAAAAAAAAAAAACAAAUCUGCCGUUAAUCUGCACGCGGUGUAGAGUGAUGCAGCAGAAGUUGUGUUCCAGAGGUUCUGGUUCUUUCCUCUUAGAGAGGAACGGCCAGGCCUGCGGCACCGUCACCUCCUGCGACCUCCCCUUCCGCUGCCCCCGCUGCGGCGAGCAGGAGCGCUUCCGCAGCCUGGCCUCGCUCCGCGCCCACCUGGAGUACCGCCACUCAUACCGCUCGCCAGACGUGAUCACCGGCGGCUUCAGCAUCACCGGAAAACUCCCAGACCCGUUGACGGCGGCAAUCCCGUGGCACGACAUGAGCCUCCCGACCCGCAGGGGGCAGCACAGCGCGGGGCGGCCACCUCACGCCCGCUCCCUCAGUGACAGCAGGGACAGCAGUUACCUCCACUCUUACAGCUCUGUGAGGAGACGCACCCAGAGCGUCGGGGUGGGGACGCAGGCCGAGGAGGAAGAUGACGAAGAGGAAGGGGGGACAGAAGAUGAAGAUGUGGGAGAAGAGGAGGAGGAGGAGGAGGACGAAGGUGAAGAGAGACAUGGAGGUAGAAAUGAGGAGGAUAUCAAAAUGCUCACCAAAAAGUCAGACGAAGGCUACCACCACCUCAAUCACCAUCACUUCCCGUUCCCUCCUCUGGCUCCUCUUGGCCCCCCUCUAGACCCAGAUCUGGACCUAGACCUGGACCUGGUCGAGCAGAACUCGUACUCUGGUCUGGAGACGGCAGCAGCCUCGGCCGCCGUGCGUCGGCGACUGGCCAGCAUCCUGCGGGCGGCCGACAGCACCAUGCAGCGCCGGCUGGCCAAGGUGAGCACGGAGCUCGCCCAGACCGACACGGAGCUCCUGUGUGAGCGCGCUCACUCGCAGCACCUGGCCCAGGAGAGGCAGGAAGUUGCCGAGAGGGAGAGGUCACUGAGCCGGCAGGUGGACGUGGCUGUCAUGGUGAUCGCCGCGUUGAGGGAGCAGCUCAACGCCUCAGAGAACGAGCUGGAACGACGAGAGAGGGAGGUGAUAACCAUCCAGAAGUUUCUGGAAGCGGCGGCUCGACAGGAGACAUGCGGGAAAGUUCGAAUCCAGCGCUUCAUCGAGAAUCUGCUGAGACGCAUCGCCCUGGCAGAGAGACUGGUGGAGUAUUACCAGGUUAACGGCAGCCCGCAACAGUGCAACCACUACAAGCACCAGCAGCCAACUGAUAAUGGACCUCACAGAAUCACUAAAAGCAGGUCAGCGGGAGGUCAGCUGUCCUCGUCUGGUCUCCAUGACAGCAGAACCCACUCCUCCUCCCAAUUCGGCGGCCGUCCUCCGUUCUCCAAACCGGGCGGGGAACGAGACCGGGAGCGGGAGCACCGGGAGCGGCUGGCCCAGUCUUCCAGGCUGUUCUGUAGACCCGAACACAGAGACGACAUCUGGAACCACCAGCGCCGCCGGUCCGCCGGGCUUAAACUGGCACUCAUUCACACAGAAACGGGUGGAGAUUCUCCGAUCACAAAUGAAUGACGUCGUAUCAACGCUUUCAUCCAAAGUGACUUACUAAACAGCUCAUGACGGCUUGUUUAAUAGAAUCAUUCCUUUGUCUUGCAUCAUUCUGUACGAUCUGUUUACACGUCAUUUUUGCACUCAUCCAAUGAUAAGAAUGUACUUGUAAAAGACGGUAUUCAGUGUAAAAUGUAUCUUUGCUGUCGGUGGUUUAGGUUUUGUUGACAGUGUUGAUAGAUAUUUUGUAUACAAAGCUAGUAUGUGUCGUCAAGUGGAAGUAGUAGUCCUACAGUACUUUAACUUGGCAGAACAUUUAUCUGGGUCACAAAUCGCGUCUUUUUUUAAAAGAAAAAAUGUUCAACAGGGUGUCUGCAGGUCCUGGAAAGGUCUUCCUGAAAUUAUGUCAUGUAAAUUCAAGGCCUUCAAGGAUUUGUCUUGGAAUCUAUCAAAAGAAAACUUGUAUGUUGUAUUCAACAAAUGUGUUUCUUUCGAUUACUAAACUUUAGUUUUCUAAACUUACUGUACAUCAUGGUGUUAUAUUAAAUGUAAUAUUAUAUAAUAUGUCCUGCAGACUCUCAUCUGAUUCUUUUCUUUUAUAGGUGUUAAAUAACUAACUAACUUUUUAAAGUUAGUUGAUCUUCUUUAAAUUUCUAAUUGGCAUUAAAAAGGUCAUAAAAAGUCCUAAAUCCUAGCGAAUAGAGCUUGCAGGCACCCUUUUCAAAGACCUGACCAGCAGUUGUGUCAAUCAUGAUUUCACUUCCAAAUUUAUUGGAAGUUGCCAAUUUUUUAAGCCACAUGGUGUGCUGUAUUUUCUUUCAUCAGUUUAACAAACCAAGUCAAACUGAUAUAUUACAGUUUCAGUAAUACCUGAUACUGCAUGUUAAAUGGAAUAUAUCUUUAGUAUCAGCCAUCAGUUGUUUUUUGUUUAAUGGCUUCACGGGACCUGAAACGCUGAGGGUGAACUUGAAUUUUGUCAGUUGUUUACUCUCCACUGCUUCUAACCACAUAAAAAUCUAAUCCAGAUAAAUUUGGACAAACUGCCCACUGAGUAUUCCAGAGAUCCAUGUGUGAGUCCUUCAGCACUUAAUUUAGGCACUGAUGAGCAAUGUUACUGCUGCUGUCAAUUAAAAACCCCAUUUCUCUUCGCUUUUCAGUAACUGAAAGAACCAAGAACCAACUUACGCACAUGCAUCAACAGCAUUUAUUCAGUUUGUUUUUCAGUUUGAAUGAGCUACGUGGGCCCUAGAGUCACUUGGUCAACCAAAAUGUUAACCGAAGAGCUUCGGUCCAAACUGAAAACUGUGACACCUACUUUCACUCAAAUGUUCAUGAGUGAUGAACAACAAACUUAUUUAGAUUUCUAGAGGCAACUUUUGUGUUAGUUUCAGGGUUUUUUUUUUCUACUUUGGAUGAAAUGUGUAAUGAUCUCUCCUCUCAUCCAGCUGCUCUGCUGUUACUUUUCCUCUCUGCAGUCUUUUGUCGUGCACCAUGCGUACAGUUCGAAACCCAGAUACCUGCAUACACGGCAGAGAAAUCUAAUCCCCAACCCCACGAUUAUGGAAACCAGGUUUCUCAUUGACAUGACAUUUAAGAAAUCAUCUUACUGGAGAACGCUGUUACCUGGUUACUCAAGUGCUUUUAGCCAUUCUGUGAGGUCCAUCGUCAGUCGGUCACUUCACCACUGAUCGCAGCGUUUCUAUUAAAAUGACCCGAUCUUAGGUCUGAAUUUUGCUCUGAUAAAACCAACAAAUCACUGAAACUCGAGUUGUGGGGUUUUUAAUGUGCGCAGCAGCAGAACUUGUGAAAGAUGUGUGUGUGGAGGAGUGUGUGCAGUGCUUCUGUUGUGUGUUUAAGGUGCUCAGUCAUUGGAAAGAUGGUGAAAGAUGCAUGAGGCAGCCCUACUACUACUACUACAUAUGUAGCUGUUGUGUUACUGUGAAAGCAUGCUUCAUAUGUAGCAAAAAAAAAAAGCAAAAUACUUAUGAAAUACUGUUAUCUUGUACUACUAUGUGUACUUUUGUAGCAGAGCGAGGUCUAUUUUAAUGGUACAGUAUUUGAAGGAAAGUUGCACUAAACCAACCCAGAGCACUUAGCUUGGAGCUGUUGGAUUUCAUAUGAAGGGAGUGUUGUAAACCGGACAAUCAGCAGGGUUCAUGCACAGGUUUGGAAAAGUCUGGAAAAUAAAUUUUGUUACUUCUGUGUUUUGAAAUAUUUUGGGAAAAUGUGCAAGAGCUCUGAAACGGAGAGAGAGAAAAGCUUGAGAAGUGGGUGAAAACAUAACCGAAGUAUUCUAACUGGAGUUAAUGUUAGUUUGAUUAUGACAAUACUACCUUUCUUGCCGUGAGUCGGUAGAGACGAAGUUAGUUUUAUGUUGUGUGAAACUGUUUCCGCACCAAGUUUGAUAUCCUGGAGUUCAUCAUGUUUGUAGGGAUUUCGUUUGCAGAAGUAAUCUCUAGUAUUGUGCCUUCACUCAAAAACUCUGUAGUCUGUAUAACACUGUGCAAAAUGCAAUACUGUGAAGAACUGGAAUACUUUUAAUGUUGAAACUUGUUGGUCUGUGUGAUAACCAUUGAAGAUUAAAGAUGCAAACAUGACACCAA